AUGAGAUGCACAUUGGGCAAUUCUGGUUGGUCAAUUGACAAUCACGACGUCAAGAAGUCGCAUCGACCGCUUUUCUCAAAAGCCGUCACCAUAUUAUCUCAGUUUAACCAAAGUCUUCAGUAUCUUCGUCCAUAUCAAAAUGGACUGCUAAGCGCAUCCCCCGCUGCCAGCUCGUCUUUCUCAGCCGAGACAGACAUCAUAGAUCCUCAACGGACUACGUUUUCAACUCCCCUCUCAAACAUUCAACCUUCAGAGUCUCCUUCCCAGGACCCUCUGAACUUUAGCAUCGCUUCGCGUAGCUCAAGUUCUUUUUCAAACCCUUUCACCACGUUCGACUUCACGUCGUUCACCACGGAUAACCAUCAGCAAACAUGGCUUCCUUCACCCUCGCCCACGCAGCCUUUGGCUCAGAAUCUGAAUCCGGAUCACAACAACAAUCACAACAGCAACAAUUCGAGCUCUCCACAAGAGGACUUUGUGCUCUAUCCCGCUUCGUGUCCCCAGCCUCAACAACAACACAGGGACUCGCGUGCUACAGCACAUCUGAAUCCAACCCCUAGACAACUUGCCGCCUAUCAGCGCUCUUUGCUCCAAUCAGGACAAGUUCAGCGCCGUCACUCUGUCAACUUGCAACAGCCACAGCUAGCAGGUUCCCCAGUACCGGUUCCUCGGGUAGCCCGACUUGCAACGCAGUCUUCCGGGUAUCCAUUGUCUACUACUCUUCGGUCUAGUCCUUCUAAUCGAACGCACUCUCUGCGUCGGUUCGCAGCUUCGAAUUCUGCUCCUGCGGCUUCGAAUUCUAAUCACCAUUAUCGCCCACCUGUCCCUCUAUUCAAUAACAGCACUGCCAAUUCGCCAGUUCAGAAUCAGUACACACAAUCGAUAAAUCAUCGUCGCAUCAUGUCUACUCCAAACAUUCCACAAGGUGAGCCUUAUUAUUACCUAAGUACUCGCUCUCUCAACAUGAGUACUGACGUGAAAGAUUCAGACCUCUUCGACUUUGGUUCGGACAACUUCGGUGAUGAGUUUUCCACCGACCCGACCAUGCUCUCUCCGCAUCUCAUCCCUACUGGCAUUAUGGCGUCCAAGGACGCUAUGGGCGAUGUGCCUUCCGGCACUAUCUCCCCUCGUGAUCUGAUGAUGGAUGCCUCUGCUCCUCCCUCAGCCUCGUUCACAGAUCUCAGCACGCCUUCUUUCGAUUCGCCCGGAUACUUCAGCCAGGACCCCUCUCCCAUGUUCGGCACAGAUAUGGAUCUUGCUCCUGGUCAUGAGGAGUGGGAUUCUCUGUUCCCGACUCAUGAUUCGUCUAUUCCUUUUGAUCCGGCUGCGUUGGAGAUCGCUGCUUCUCUUUCAGAAGUGAAGGCCGAGCAACCUGCCUCUCCUGCUGUGAAGUCUGUUUCUUCUCGUUCGCCCAACACAUCUCGCGCCUCCUCUGUUAAGCACUCGACGGUUGCUGGAGUUAACGCACGACGAAGCAAGCCUCUUCCCCCAAUCAAGUUCGACGAGACCGACCCUGUUGCAGCCAAGCGUGCGCGAAACACCGAGGCCGCACGUAAGUCUCGUGCCCGCAAGCUUGAGCGACAGGGAGACUUGGAGCGUCGCAUCUCCGACCUUCAGAAGGAGCUUGACGAGACUCGCCAGCUAGUGCAAUACUGGAAGUCCCAGGCUCAAAGCCGCGGUGCUUGA